UUGAUUGCAAAGGUUAUCAUGUUAACUCGAGUGAUGUAGAUGCAGGGAACGUAAGGUGAUGAACAUUUCACAGUGAAAUGAAGCUUAUGUCGAGAAUUUCCUGAAGGUCCCGAUUGUUUUUCUUUGAAAAAGAGAGGAAAUUACAAUUAACAAAAUGCCGCCGAAAAAACCGCCGGCACCGAGCAAAAAAGCGGAACAAAAGAAGAAGGAAAAGGUUAUCGAGGAUAAAACGUUUGGCAUAAAGAACAAGAAGGGUGCCAAGCAGCAGAAAUUUAUUCAGCAAGUUGAAAAACAAGUGAAAUCGGGCGGUGUAAAUCCGCGGAAGGUCGAGGAUCCGAACGCCAAGAAAUUGGAGAAGGAGAAGAAACUGAAGGAACAAAAGGAAUUAGCACUUAUUUUUAAGCCUGUUCAAACACAGAAGAUAGAUAAAGGCAUCGAUCCAAAGUCCGUUGUGUGCGCGUUUUUUAAACAGGGACAAUGUACAAAGGGUGAUAAAUGUAAGUUUUCUCACGACUUGAGUGUUGAACGAAAGGCUGAAAAACGUUCUCUAUACUGCGACAUGAGGGACGAUGACGACAAAGAGGCGGAUACAAUGGACAAGUGGGACGAGGAUAAACUGAAAGAAGUCGUGGAGAAGAAACAUGGUGGUGGUGGUAAUCGUCCGACCACUGACAUCAUCUGCAAACAUUUCUUAGAAGCAGUAGAAAAGUCAAAGUAUGGUUGGUUCUGGGAGUGUCCUUCUGGUCAGAAGUGCAUUUACAGACAUGCUUUACCUCCCGGAUUUGUCCUGAAGAAAGAUAAGAAGAAGGAAGAUAAGAAGGACGAAAUUUCUCUGGAGGAUCUGAUAGAGACGGAAAGAGCUAACCUGGGACCUAGUCAGACCAAGAUAACAUUAGAGACAUUCUUGGCUUGGAAAAAAAGAAAGUUGAAAGAGAAAGAGGAGCAAGCGAUCAAGGAUGAGGAGAAGAAGAGGAAUGAUUAUAAAGCUGGUCGACAGGUCGGCAUAUCGGGGAGAGAAAUGUUUUACUUCAAUCCGGAUCUUGCAAUGGGAGAUGGUAUUGACGACGGAGAUGAAGCAAUAUCUAGUUACGCCCGUGAAGAGGAUGAUGAUUCUGAGGAUGUACAGUACAGGGAACUUGAUAUGGAUCGCCUCGCCUCUGAAGCUAGUGAAAUCGACACCAAGGGUAUCACUGUAGCUGCUGCUGAUCGAUUAAAAGCACAGGAGACCGCUGAUGACGAUAAAGAUGCAACAGUAUCUGCGGAAGAGGACGGCACAGCAGUAACCAUUAAUGAAAACCUGUUCAUAGAAGAAGAUUUAGAAGGUUUGGAAGAAGAACUGGGGGACCUGGACUUGGAGGAGUAAUCCAGACGUCCCGAGCAUGCGUGUCUCCUCGUUAUCCUUCCCCCGUGUUUUAUUGCUCUUUUAAUAUGCAUCAUUCGGAUAAUCAUUAGCCGCAAGCGUAACACGUUGUAUAUUGAUAUAAUUUCACUCAUAUCUAUAUGAAUAUUAUAUGUAUGUAUUUAACUAUCCAAAAAGAGCCGGUCUCGUGCAAGUACUACCGAGUACGCAUCCGUGGAAUAUGUAGCGUAACCUUGAAUCAGCUCAAAAUCAUUGCUCCCGACGAUUAAAGUGAAGUUUGUCUUUUCAUAUAUAGACAUUGAAUUUGUUAUCUGUGAAUAUCAAAUAUUUAAUAUUAAAUUGAAUAAUGCAGCU